AUUCCCCAAAGCGUCAUCAAGUGAUUUUAACAGCAAUAAGUGAUAGUGACUUAGAUUCAAAAGUUAAGACAUUGAAGCGCCUAUGUGUAACAAGAUGGAUCCAGCGAUAUGAUGCAAUUAAUAAUUUUGUUGAAUUAUUUUUGUUUGUAAUAGUUUCACUUGAAAAAACAUUAGAGUGGAAUGAUUUAUCUUCAGUACAUGCUAAUAUUUUAUUGAAGGCAAUGGAUUCCAAAUUUUUAAUAUCUCUACAAAUCAUAAAAUUUACCACUAUGUAAGCAACUUCAAAAAAUAGAAAUAGAUUUAAGAGAAGCGAUUGAGUUAGCUGAUGAUAAUGUGAAAGCUCUAAAACAUCUAAGAGAAAAUAUAGAUAUUGCAUUUCAUAAGAUGUUUGAAAAUGCCAAAAGUAUGGCAGAUAUUUUGGAUAUAACCAUUACUGUUGAUCGAUUGAAUAAGAGGCAAAAACACAGAAAUAAUUCAUUAAUAAAUGAAAAUGGCCCUUUAGAUCCUGAGGCCUAUUAUCGAAUCACUAUAUGCAUUCCAUUCAUUGAUAGUUUUAUAAACCAAUUGAAUGACAGGUUUUUAGAUCAUAGAAAUGUUUUUUAUGGUUUUCAAUGUUUAUUUGAUUAUGAAUCUGGUAAUGUGCCAGAUGAAUUUGAUGAUCUUGUCAAAUUUUAUCUUCCAGAAUCUGAUUUAAAUACUGUGAGAGUUGAGUUGCAAAUGUGGAAAAUCAAACUACAAAGAGUUGAAAACAAACCUAAAUCAGGAUUAGAUGCAAUUAAAGAAUGUAAUAACAUAAUACAUCCUAAUAUCUUUAAUUUAUUGAGCAUAUUGUGUACUUUACCAGUUUCAACCGCUACUCCGGAAAGGAUGUUCUCUUGUUUAAAAAGAUUAAAGACUUACACAAGAAAUACAAUGAAAGAAGAACGGCUAAAUGGCCUAACGCUUAUGGCAGUUUAUAAAAAUAUUUCUAUUUCAGCAGAAGAAGUUUUAAACGAAUUAGCUAAAAAAAAAAAAAAAAAGCUAGAUUUGUUGAUUUGA